UCUGAUCCGUUCCGAAGUACAACUUUUGUCAAUUGGAAAGCAGCUAGUGAAAGAAGAAAGAAGGCAAGGAUAUUUGUUAAAUAUCCUUGGGAAGAAGGAAGAAGGUAAACAGUAAACAGAAGAGGACACAAGGCAAUUAACCUAAAAAAAGUGUGGACACUAAAUAUAGACAAAUAUUUUUGUUUUUAUUUGACUUUGAAGUAAUUUGUAUCAUUUUAUUUGUGUUUGUGACUGUAAUAUUUUUGUUUGGCGGUUUGAGACUAUUUGAGAAUUAAAUAUUGCUGUAGCAUCAAUAAUAUAAUUUUAAAUAAAAAUGUCGUUAUAUGAUGAUUAUGAUGUUAAAACCACAGCUACAGAAAAAGUGCAAGGAUGGUCAUCAAGUAUUAAACUAUUGCAAUCGCAAUUACAACUGAAAAAAGCUACAGUGACACAACCUAAACGUGAACAACAACGUAAAGCUAGUCUGGCCCCUGUAAUUGAUCUAAAAUCUAAACGAGACGAUGAUGAUGUAUAUCCUACUUUUCCAAAAAUAAACAUUAAAGGAAAGGUUGAAUCUAGAUUACCUGUAAUAAGUUCAUCCACUUACAGCAGUGAAUACGAUUGGAAUGUUGUCGAUGAAUAUGAUCCUUUAUGGCCAAACGAAUAUGAAAAAGUGGUAAAAGAAAUGAGAGACCAUCGAGACAGAGGAAGUGAGAAAGAGGAAAAACGAAAAGAGAAAAAACGGAAAAGUAGAUUUAAUGAUCCUGAAGAAAGUCCACCACCACCUUCAAUACCACCUGCACCACAAAUGACACAACCACCCAUUGGUAGCGGGUUUGCUGGAAGGUGGAAUGAAGAAGAGGAUGAAGAACCAGUAGCAAAACAGCCUAGGCCGAGUGGAGGUGUAGCGAUAGCCCCACCUCCCAGUCUUCAGGAACCAGCCGAACCAGUUCCUAUAUUCCCUAACAAACCUCAGCCAUCUACAAGUAGUUAUGGUGGAUCAGUGGCAGCCAAAAUUAUGGCUAGAUAUGGGUUUAAAGAGGGACAAGGUUUGGGUCGUAUGGAGCAAGGAAUGUCAAGUGCUCUACAAGUAGAAAAGACUUCAAAGAGAGGUGGGAGGAUUAUUCAUGAAAAAGAAAUCCUUUCACCCCCUUUGCAAUCCGAAGAUUCACUAGGGGUACAAAAUCAAGUUCCAGGACAACCCACGAUUACAGAAAUAAUGAAGAAUCCUAGUAAGGUGGUACUGCUGAAAAAUAUGGUGGGUCCUGGAGAAGUAGAUGAUGAUCUGGAACCAGAGGUUAAGGAUGAAUGCAAUACUAAAUAUGGUCCGGUGGGUAGUGUAAUAAUACACGAAAUACCUCAUGACGACCACGAAGAAGCUGUUAGAAUAUUUGUGGAAUUUCUAAGAAUAGAAAGCGCUAUUAAAGCAGUAGUCGACUUAAACGGUCGGUUCUUUGGGGGCAGACAAGUGAAAGCUUCAUUUUAUGAUACCGAGAAGUUUGAUAAUCUCCAAUUAGUAGAUUAAUCAAAUAUUACAUUUACCUAUUUAUUAAUGGGAGCGUAAACAAAAUUGUACAAGUAAAAUAUAUCUUUUAUUUAAAUUACAUGUUUUCAUAUU